CUGCUUCAUCAAAUUAUCGUUGCAUGUUGUAAAAUCUACACAAAUUGCGGAUUUUUCUUCAAAGUUAUUUGAAAGAGCUUGGUUUGUUUUUCCCUGCCAAAGAUGUUAAUUGAUGCAUCGACACCGACCACCGACAUCAUAAAUGGGACAGUACUUCCAGAUCGUGUCUCACCGACGGACAUCGAUGGCUACGGAUCGGAUGUCGGCUGGGUCUUGCCGGCCUACAUCAUCAUCAUGACAAAUAUAUCCAUCGCCGUCCAAAUCAUCCUCUUGAUAGUUAUAUUCUUCGGAAACACCUUGGUCGUCAUCCUUGUCACGAAGAACGAACAGCUAUGGACGAUGUCGAACUUUUUCGUGGUCAGCCUCGCGUUCGCCGACGUCCUCGUUUCGCUAUCGAUGAUUCCUGGUGUAUAUCUGACUCUAAAUCCGACAUUCGCGAGCGGCGUGUAUACAUGCUUGUUAGUGUGGUGCCCGAUUAUAUUCUCGACCAGCAUUUCGUGUCUUUCGCUCACCCUCAUCACCAUCGAUCGCUACGUCAAAGUGGCCCACCCCUACAUCUACCGCACCAUUGCGACCGAGCGCGGGGCCGCCAUCGCCAUCACCAGUAUGUGGGUCUACAGCAUCAUCAUCUCGAUGGUGCUGCCUUUCGCGGGGAUCCACUCCCUCAUCCCAGGGCAGGUAUUUUGCUUCGAGUUCGGCGCCGUCUUCGAUAUCAUCCAUCUCCACUUUUUCAUCAUCGUCAACGGUAUCAUUCCCUUCAUCACCAUGUUCAUUCUUUACUUACACCUCUUCAUCAUCGUCCUGCAAAAGUUAAAGUCCGAUCGUCGCAUCAUGCCGCAGGUCGGUCCCAGCAAUCAGCGAACCAAUCGACCACGCUCCGAGCUCAAGUCCAUCAAGACCCUCGUCAUCAUCCUCGGGUUCACUUGCAUCGCCUGGAUCCCGAGCAACACGCUCGUGUUCAUCGACCUCUACACGCCGCAGUACGCUCCCGGGCUCGUCCCCCGUACCAUCCUCAGCUGGUUGACCUACCUCAACAGCGCCGUCAACCCGUUCAUCUACUCCCUCCGUAGCGAGACGUUCCGCGUCGCCGCCAGGAAAGCUUUCUCGAUCUCGACCGAGACGUCGUUGGUCUGGUGGAUGAACAGCGUGAGAGGAAACUCUUCUCGUGUUCAUCCGCAGCAGAACACAGUUCAGAGCAGAGAAACUGAAGACGGCAUCCGUGACGGUUCAGCUAGCGUCGAUGACACCAGUGGAUUCCCGUCUUCAAUGGCAGUCGAGUUACCUGAUAAUAGUGAGCGUUUAGAUAUCCUCGCUUAAAGGUACAUCUCUCUCUUUCUCUCCUUCUCUCUCUCUCUCUCUCCCUCUUUCUUUCUCUCUUUCUUUCUCUUUUGUUAAAGUUCAUCUGAAGACUGUGAAAAGAAUAUUCUCAUCAAUAUCGUGUGUUUGUGUCUUUACCCCUCGCUAAAACGUUUGCAGUUAACAACUAAAAUUUUCAUGUAUGCCCUUACCAAGUUUCGCAAUUGUUGAAGGUUGUAAAAAUUUGAUAUGGCCCGAUUAAUGUUCAUUGAGCUUAUAUCUAAAUGUUUGUCCAAAGGUCCUAAAAACAUAAAAUUGUCAAGGGGUGUGCACAAUUUAGUUUAUAAGUGUAUAUGGUCGACUCCUUGUACGGUGUCCCUUGGAAUAAUACGGUGCUUUCGGUUUUCACUAUAUUGGUCAUAAUUAUAACAAGGUAUUUUUCAGUAAUGGGUGAAAUAUGUAUGGAUAUUUCAGCUAAUCAAAUGACAUGUUCUGUGCCGUUUUAUACACUAUAUUUAUAUUUACAUUGGAAUACAAAAUAUAAUGUAAUUCGAUUUUGUUAUAUUGCACUAUAUUUCACGCUUUAUACCAUUUCAU